GUAUGUGACACACCUGAUGAAGCGUAUCCAGCGCGGUCCAGUCAGAGGAAUCUCAAUCAAGCUGCAGGAGGAGGAGAGAGAGAGGAGGGACAACUACGUCCCAGAGAUUUCUGCUCUGGACCAGGAGAUCAUUGAGGUGGAUCCAGACACAAAAGAAAUGCUCAAGAUGUUGGACUUUGGUGGCCUUUCCAAUCUUCAAGUCACUCAGCCAUCCAUCGGGAUGAACUUCAAGACGCCACGAGGACUUUAAAAUCAUGUUUGAUGGCCUCUGAAUAAAGACAGUUGUUAAAAAUGUUCAA